GACGCCCCGCGUUCCCGAGGAGGGACGCACGGGCGCAGCCUGGCCGCUUUUAACCCGCGCGAGGGGUGGGGGGCGGUCCGACGAGUCGAGAGGAAGCGAGCGGUGGCGAUAUCGAUUCAGUCGCGGCUCGAACCACCCCCGUGCAACGUCGGCGAGAGCGCGCAGCCCUUCCCGAGUGGCGGAGGCGCUUCUCGGGGUGGCCGAGAUCGGCUCGCGUCCUUCCUCGGCGUCCCAGAAAGGAGAGAGCAGGGGCGGGCCGCGGAUCUCGCGUCCACGGGGGGUGAGUCGGACGGAAGGACACCCUCCUCUCGGAACGACGGCGGAACGUCGGCGGAACGUCGUCGGAGAGGGAGAGAGAGCCGCGAUCGAUCGGCCCGGAAGUGGCUAGGACGGACGAGGACUCUCGCGAGUCCCACCGACGGCGGACGGAUGACGACGAGGUCGUUGAUUCGCUGAGAGGGGGAGGAAGAAGAAGGCGAGCGUCGAGAUGUCCUCGAUUUCCGCCCAAGGUGUCGUCGAGCGAGCCAGCGCGGAACUGACCAAGAGGAUCAACGGCUUGGGACUGCGGGCUUCCAAGCACCAUGGUAACUCGAGGCCCUGGCUUCCUCGACUCCUUCCGCUUCGGCCACGAGACGGGGGUUCCGUCCUCGUCCGGGCGCUUUCGAUCCGAGUUCCCAGCGGUGUCCCGAUUCCAGGAGGCGGAGGAAAGGCCAGCGUCAUGGAGCGGGUCACCAACGUCUUCUGCGGCGGCGGCGGCGGCGGAGGGGGAGGCGGAGGCGGCACCAACGCGAAUCUUCCGACAUCGAACGCGAACGUCACCCUCGAGAAGCCGAGCAGGAGUAUCCCCAACCCGGGGAACCCUCCGGUGGGGAACAACAAGGUCUCGAGCGGCGCGCCGGUGAACCGGAAUCGGAUAUCCAGGAACCGCUCCAAGAACGUCCCCUCGGCCGGGGCCGGGGCCGGGGGCCGUCUGCCGCCCACUACGUGGGAACAGCUGAUGCAGGACGACCACUUCCUGGGGAGGUUUUUCCUGUACUUCAACGCCUCGGAGAGGAGAGUCCUGGCCCAGGUAAGCGGAGCGCGGCCGUCCUCCUCGUACUCCUCGAGAUUGAUGUUCCUCUUGGCUCAGGUCUGCACCAGGUGGAGGGACGUCCUGUACGCGCGGCCCAGGCUCUGGGCCGGACUGGUCCCGGUGGUCAGGUGCCGAGAGGCCAGGGCGAUGGCGUCCGGGUCUCGGGCCCGCCUGUACGCCUCGCUGGUCCGGCGGGGGUUCAGCUCGCUGGUGCUGCUGGGCGCGGCCGACGAGGAUGCUGUCGAGCUCACCCACGGGUUCCCGCUGGCCCAGCGAUACAUCAACUCGCUGUCUCUGCGCUGCUGCGCCGUCACCGACCGAGGACUGGAGGCGCUCCUGGAUCACCUCCAGGUACUCUUCGAGCUGGAGCUGGCCGGAUGCAACGAGAUCACGGAGGCCGGGCUCUGGGCCUGCCUGACGCCGAGGAUAGUGUCGCUGUCGCUGUCGGACUGCAUAAACGUCGCCGACGAGGCCGUCGGAGCCGUCGCCCAGCUCCUGCCGAGCCUCUACGAGUUCUCGCUCCAGGCUUACCACGUGACGGACGCGGCCCUCGGGUACUUCAGCCCGAAGCAGAGCGGCUCCCUCAGCAUCCUCCGGCUCCAGUCCUGCUGGGAGCUGACGAACCACGGCGUGGUCAAUAUAGUUCACUCCUUGCCCAAUCUGACGGCUCUGUCCCUGUCGGGCUGCAGCAAGGUGACCGACGACGGGGUCGAGCUCAUCGCCGAGAACCUGCCGAGGCUGCGCUCCCUGGACCUCGGCUGGUGCCCCCGGAUAACCGACGCGGCUCUCGAGUACAUCGCCUGCGACCUGCACCAGCUGGAGGAGCUCACCCUGGACAGGUGCGUCCACGUGACGGACAUCGGCGUGGGGUACAUAUCCACCAUGCCCACCCUGAGCGCCCUGUUCCUGAGGUGGUGUUCGCAGCUGAGGGACUUUGGCCUGCAGCACCUGUGCGGCAUGCGGUCUCUGCAGGUGCUCUCCGUCGCCGGUAAGGAUGGGGUCUCCCUCUCUGUCUCUUUUUCUUGGAGGCCCUCCGACGCUACCCGAGCCCGUCCUCUUGCAGGGUGUCCUCUGCUGACCAGCAGCGGCCUGUCCAGUCUGAUCCAGCUGCGGCACCUCCACGAGCUGGAGCUGACCAACUGUCCGGGAACGUCGCGCGAGCUCUUCGACUACUUGCGCGAGCACCUACCGCGUUGCCUAAUCAUCGAGUGAACGAGGAGAACCGAGGGCCGUAUACGAAGGUACAAAACCGUUACAGGGACUCGGCGAGUCUCGCCGCGUUUUCAAAGAGUCCGGGCUUUCCACCCCGACCUCGGAGGCGAGAGACGAAAGUUCGUAGGCCGCUUCGUAAAAGUAUAUAUCGCCGUAAAACUAGGACGUCGAAAGCCUCUCGGGGCGGGUCCUCGGCCUCCGGUCCGAGCGUACGUUGGAAGCGAUCGAACAUCUCGGACGGCGCGACCCCCGCGCACGAGAAUUAGGACUGUGAUACGUUAUCAUUGUACCGUCUUCGUUGUAAUCCUUCAUUUUUCGAUCGUCGACGAGAUCGAGUCGAGUCGCUUGAACGGCGUAUACCUCUCCGAGGACAUUCCAAAAGGUUUCGCGCGAUGCUUCGUUACUCCCGGGCCGGCACUCGGACGACCGGGCCCGGAAAACUUGCGUAUUAGAUUUUCGAUUCCGAACCCCUCUUAGUGUUCCUUGGACGUAAGAUUUGUCUCGUACUGAGUUUCUUCGUGUUUUUCUCGUUAGCUUUAUCGUCGCGGUCGUUACCCUCGCCAUACACCCACCCACGCAUAUUUAUCGAUACGGUACCGCGCGAUCGACCGUUGUCCGCACCCUUUCCUCGCCUCGAACCCGGAUCUCGUUCAACGAGAAACGGAAUUCCCUCCGGCCGUUUCCCGGUCGACGAGGCGCGCUCAACGGAGACGCGGAUUCGCGACCGAUGAUCGAGCGCUCGGACGGGUAGCACGUUAAAUCGUAGAUAACCGGGGCUCGAAGCGGUAAUCAGCCUCGAAUUAAUUUAAGUCACACGGUAAGUAAUAGGUAAGACGUAGAGAACUCUACUUUUUACAAGCUGAAAAUAUUUUUGCUGUGCAAUCACGAGUUCGAGGGGUUAAAUAGCCGUGAGAUCCUUGUAAAUAUUGUAUAAAUACGAUUAUUUGUCACUUUGUUCAGCAAUCGGAAAUAUAGACACGAUGUUGCAUCGACUUACCGCAUCGUUUUAAGAGUCUAUUUCUUAGGCUACGUAGGUUUAAGGGGAGAAGGGGAGGGGGGGAGCAGAGAAUCGCAUCGAUUGCAAUAUUACGACGAAAUAAAAGUUGUCCAGGA